UAAAUUGAUAACAAGAAUAAAAACAAAAGAACGAAGACCGACCAUACAUAUGGCAGGAAACAACAACACACUCAGCGGGAAAAACAUCCAUGCAUUCAUGGUCUCCUUCCCGGGACAAGGCCACGUAAACCCCCUCCUCCGCCUGGGCCGCCGCCUCGCCGCCUCCGGCGGCCUCGUCACCUUCUGCGCCCCCGAAGCCGCCGGCGUCAGCAUCCGCAAGGCCAACAGCAUCACCGACGACGGCCGCCCCACCCCCUGCGGCCGCGGCGCCAUCCGCUUCCAGUUCUUCGACGACGGCUGGGACUUCAACAGUCCCAACCGCGACGACCUCCGCGCCUGCCUUGCCCAGAUCGAGGCAGCCGGGAGAGUAAAGCUCCCGCAACUGAUCCGUAAAGAGGCCGAAGCGGGCCGUCCGGUGUCGUGCCUCAUCAACAACCCAUUCAUCCCGUGGGUGUCCGACGUGGCGGAGAGCCUCGCCAUCCCCAACGCCGUCCUCUGGACUCAGUCGUGCGCGUGCUUCUCCGCCUACUACCACUACCACAACGGCCUCGUGCCGUUCCCGACUGCGCGGGAGCCGGAGAUGGACGUGCAGCUCCCGCGCGUUCCGCUGCUCAGGCACGACGAAUUUCCUGAUUACUUGCAUCCUCGGAGUCCGUACGUUUUUCUGCGGGACGCCAUCUUGGGGCAGUUUCGUAAUUUGGCGACACCGUUCUGCGUAUUGAUGGAUACUUUCGACGAGAUGGAACGUGACAACAUUGAAUACAUGUCGCGAGUUAUCGGCCGUCCCAUCAGAACUGUGGGCCCGCUGUUUAAGGAGCUGGAAUCGGAAUCGGAAUCGGAAUCUAAGGCGUUGCGCGCGGACUUCUUUAAGGCGGAGGAUUGCAUCGAGUGGCUCGAUUCGAAGGCGCCCCGGUCGGUGGUCUACAUAUCGUUCGGGAGCGCCGUGCACCUGCAGCAGGAGCAGGUGGACGAGAUAGCAAAGGGGCUAGCAGAGUCGGACGUGUCGUUUCUGUGGGUGGUGAGGCCGCCGCCGCGGGAGAAGAACUGGAAGCCGCAUGUUCUACCGGGGAGCUUUUUGGACAAGGUGGGGGAGAGGGGGAGGAUCGUGCAGUGGAGCCCGCAGGAGGAGGUGCUGGCCCACCCCUCCACGGCCUGCUUCAUGACGCACUGUGGAUGGAACUCGACUAUGGAGGCAUUAGCGAGUGGGGUGCCGGUGGUGGCAUUCCCUCAGUGGGGGGAUCAAGUGACCAAUGCCAAGUUUAUGGUUGAUGUUUUUAAGGUCGGGGUGAGGAUGUGUAGAGGGGAGGCGGAGGGGAGGAUUGUUCCCCAGGAUGAGGUGGCGAGGGUGCUGGAGGCGGUGGUCCGUGGGCCCCGGGCGGACGAGAUUAGGGCGAAUGCGCUUAAGUGGAAGAAGGCGGCGGUGGCGGAGGGAGGCUCGUCUUAUAUGAAUAUGCAGUGUUUUGUUGAGGAGGUUGCACGCUUUGAUUUGGUGCCAAAUUAAAAUGAAGGUAUAUACUAGUGGAGUACUAUGUUGGAAGUGUUGGAAUAUUAAAUAAAAUCUUUAGUGUUGUUAUGGAUUAUUAUUGUACUACUUAAUUAAUUUCGUUUAUGGAGUAAUUGAUUUCAUUU